UCUUUGGUGGUGGCGUUAAAGUGAGGGACUUUAUUUGGUGAUGGGUAGAGUUCUUCUGCGUUUGAUCAAUGGAGAUGCGAUGCUGCCACGGUAGAGAAGACGAGGAGAGGGAGAACUCGUCGCCAUAAAUAUUAAUCUUCGUCUUCUUUCCUUUUUUGCCCUCUUCUUCUUUCCGAUCCUUUCUUCCUUCUUUCCUCCACGGACAUGGCGUCUGGGUUCCCCGGGCGAGAGCUCGGCCUUGGCGCGGGCGGAAGAGGAGGAACCCUCUUGAAACGCACGCUGGCGGACAUGGAAAUACAACAUCAGCAGCAGCAGAUGCAGAUGCAGCUGCAGCUGCAGCACCAGCACCAGCACCAGCAAUCGCUUUUCCUCCGAUCGGUGAAGCAAAGAACGCUUGCUGCGCCCUCCAUCGCCACGCUUUCCCCGGCCGUCGUCGGGGCUUUCCCCUGCAACUCGUUCUCUGCCGCGACUCAGAGCUCGGUUUCCACCUCGUCGACCGUCACUUCCGCCGGGUUCGCGUUCCCACGGAGACCCGAGUUGCUCGCCGGGUCGGUGCCGGAGGUGAGGUCUUCCGGCUCGUUGCGGGACCAGCUCAAGGAGCUGGAGCGGCGGCUACUGUUGGAUGACGAGGAGGAGGAGGCCAGCGCUUCGGGUUCUGCCGUCACCCAUGCCGCGUGGAGCGAGGCGAUCCAGAGUCUCAUGUCGACGCCCCAGCCCCCGGUGGCCACGACGACUGCGGGCCACCUCUCGCCAUCCCCGACCAGCUCCUCGUCCUCCACCAUCUCCUCCUCCGCCUCCUGCUCGCCUCCUUCUUCCAUGCCUUCCCCUCCUCCCCCUCCCACUGGAACCUCGAGGCAGAUGCUCCUCGACACCGCCACCGCCAUCGGCGAAGGGAAUCUGCAUGCGGCGACGGCGAAUCUCGCGGUGAUCAAGGCUGCGGCCAACCCUCGCGGCGACGCCGAGCAGCGUCUCACGGCGAUGAUGUACGCCACGCUCUUCUCUCGCCUCAACAACCUGCAGACGGGAAGCUCCCACGCGGUGGCCGAGCUCCGCAGCCCGGAGCACUUCGCGGCGACCCAGAUGCUCUACGAUCUCUCCCCCUGCUUCAAGCUCGCGUUCAUCGCUGCCAAUCACGCGAUCUUGGAGGCCACGAAGGACGAGCCCAACAUCCACAUACUUGACUUCGAAGUCGGGCACGGCAGUCAAUACGCGGCCUUCCUCCACGCCCUCACCCAGCGCCUCCGCCACCGUCCCACCAUCAGGGUCACUGCCGUCGUCGACCCCUCCUCCCCGUUCACCAACAUCAACAGUGGCGGUCUGAGGGUCGUCGGCGAGCGGAUCGAGAAGCUGGCGGAGCGUGUCGGUGUGGGGCUCCGAUUCAGCGUCGUCUCCCGGCGGCCGGAGGAGCUAGACGCUGUGGCUCUCGGUUGCGAGCCCGGGGAGGUCCUGAUCGUCAACCUAGCCUUCGUCCUCUCCCGCGUGGCGGACGAGAGCGUCUCCCUGGCGAACCCUCGCGACGAGAUCCUCCGUCGCGUGCGCGCCCUCCAGCCGCGCCUGGUGACCCUCGCGGAGCAGGAGAUCAACACCAGCACGGCGGCCUUCCCUGCCCGGUUCGCGGAGGCAUGCGUUCACUACGGGGCGCUGCUGGAGUCGCUGGAGGCGACGGCCGCGGCGGCUGUGCAGAAGGGGUUCGCCGAGCGGGCGCGAGCGGAGGCGGGGCUGGCGCGGCGUGCGGUGAACGCGGUGGCGAGGGAGGGCCAGGAGCGGGUGGAGCGGUGCGAAGUGUUGGGCAAGUGGCGGGCCCGGAUGGGCAUGGCCGGCCUCAAACCGGUCCCACUCGGACCAUCAUCGGUCGAACCCGUCAAAUACCGGCUCGAGUCGGCCGGUUCCAACCCGGGGUUCACCAUCAAGGAGGAGGUCGGCGGGGUGGCCCUCGGCUUCGGUUGGAGGGGGCGCGUGCUCACAGUCCUCUCCGCGUGGCGUUAGGUUGGAGUCAUCGAUUAAUAAUAAUAAUAUUAUUAUUAUUAUUAUGUUAACUAAUAGACAUAUUAUUAGGGAAUCAUCUAUCAUCAGCUGGAGGUGCCACCCAUUUUCUUUUCUUUUCUUUUCUUUUCUUUUUUUUCCUUUUUGUAAUUAUGGUGAUGGUUGAUAAUUAUGGUCUCCAUAACUUUGAUGUCAUUUAUAUGAAUGAAUGAUGAUAUGUUGGUAUCUUAGUGAUUA